AUGAAAGAACUAAGAGAACAGAACAUGAAACUAACUGAAACAAACGACAAACUAUCAUCUGAAAUUCGAGUAUUAAAAAUUAAAGUUGAUGAAUUAGAGCAGAAAACAUUAGAAAAAGUAAUCGAAAUCAUGGGCGUUCCACUAAUACAAAACGAAGACUGUAAAAAUACAGUUAAGGGAAUGAUAAGUAAAUUGAACAUUGAAUGCGACGUAGUUAAAGCCUACAGAAUAUCAUCUAAACAGAAAACUGAUACGAAAAUAAUUGCUUGGUUAUCGGAUACAAAUGCCAAAAACAACAGCAAAGAAAAACAAAUAGACAGCAAAUCAAUACCAAAGCGACUGGCCUACAUAGAAAAUAUAUAUUAA